CCUGGCUGUGCUCGGUGCGUCCUCUCCCAGCUUUCCAGAUGGCGGUUUACAAAGUCCACGUGGCCACCGGCGAGACGGUUCUGGCGGGCACCUACAGCAGCAUCUCCAUCACGCUGGUGGGGGAACGGGCAGAAAGCGCCAAGCAGCGCCUGGACAAGCUCGGGAAAGAUUUUGUUCCGGGAGCUGUGGACGAGUACGUGGUGCCGUGCGAGCAGGAUCUGGGCCCCCUCCUGCUGGUCCGCCUUCACAAGGAGCCCUACCUGUUUUUCCCCAAAGACAGCUGGUUCUGUAACUACGUCCGGGUGAAGGCGCCGCGCGGGGAGACGUACCACUUCCCCUCCUAUCAGUGGCUGGAGGGGUACUGCUCCCUGCUCCUGCGGGAAGGGACAGCCAAAACGGUGGAUGAUGACUUGGAGAAACCUCUCCUGCUUGAACAUCGCCAGAAAGAGCUGGACAAGCGUCAGGAAUGCUACGGCUGGAAGACCUAUGCCCCAGGCUGGCCAAGGUGCGUCGACGCCAACACCACCGACGACCUGCAUUCGAAUUCCAAGUAUUUGCUCAGCAAAAGCACCAUCUUUGCCAUGCGCACCUUGAAGUCGGAGCUGGAGCUGAGACUGAAGGGCUUCUCCCACCUCGCGGAGUCCUGGGAGAACCUAGACGAUCUCCGCAAAAUCUUUUGGUUCCACAAAACUCCCGUCACAGAACAUGUCAUGGAUCACUGGAUGGAUGAUGAUUUUUUUGGCUAUCAAUAUCUGAAUGGAGUCAAUCCUGUCCUGCUCCGGAAAUGCACCCAGAUCCCAACUAAUUUCCCUGUGACGGAGGAAAUGGUGGCUGGUAGUUUGGGAAAAUCCACCACGCUCAAGGAAGAGCUGAAGAAAGGGAACAUCUUCAUCGUUGACUACAAGAUCCUGGAGGACAUCCCUACGUGCAGAUUGAACGGGAAGCACCAGUAUCUUGCAGCCCCACUUUGCCUGUUGCACUUCAGCUCAGAUGGGAAGAUGAUGCCUAUAGCUAUCCAGCUCAGCCAGACCCCUGGCCUGGACAGUCCCAUCUUCCUGCCCACAGACCGUAAAUGGGACUGGACUUUAGCCAAGAUCUGGGUGAGAAUGGCCAACUUUCAUGUCCAUGAAGUCAACACCCACCUUCUUGAAGCUCAUUUUCACUGUGAAGUCUACACCAUGGCCACCCUCCGGCAGUUGCCAAUGUGUCAUCCUAUUUACAAGCUUCUGAUACCCCAUACUCGUUAUACCCUCCAUAUUAAUACCCUUGCUCGGACUGAUCUCAUCCAGCCAGGAGGGGUAUUUGAUAAGGCCACCGCAACGGGCCGGGAUGGCAUGUUGAAACUCCUAGCCAAAGGGGUGGAGGCUUCCAACUACACAUCGCUGUGCCUCCCCGAUGACCUUGAAGAAAGGGGAGUCACCUCCCUAACCAACUACUACUUUCGGGACGAUGGGAUGAAGAUCUGGAACGCUAUUGAGAAGUUUGUCUCUGGCAUCGUUGGACUCUACUACAAAUCAGAUGAGGCCGUGAAGAAGGAUCCUGAGCUACAGGCCUGGAUUCAUGAGAUCUUCACUGAGGCUUUCCUGAGUAGGGCAUCCUCAGGUGUCCCAUCCACCUUGGAGAGCAGAGCUCAGCUGACCAAGUUCCUCACUAUGGUCAUCUUCAACAGCUCUGCCCGGCAUUCGGCGGUCAACAGUGGGCAGUUCGACUUCGCUGCGUGGAUGCCCAACACGCCGGCCACUUUGAGGCAGCCUCCUCCUACCAUCAAGGGCAAGGCCUCCUUGAAAAGCAUCUUGGAGACUUUCCCUGAAGUCAACUCCACGUGUGCCCUUCUGUCACUGCUGUCCAUCGUCAGCUAUGAGCCAGGGGACCUGAGACCCCUGGGCCACUACCCUGAAGAACAUUUCACCGAGCAGAUGCCGAAGAAUCUGAUAGCUGCCUUCCAGAAACGCCUGGCUGAAAUCUCUCAAGAAAUUGAGGAAAGAAACAAGGCCCUGCCCAUCGGCUAUCUCUACCUGAACCCUUCACUAAUCCAGAACAGCGUCUCCAUAUAGCUAUCGGGCAACACCGCCCAGCUCUGCAGAAGGCAGAAGGUAUUGUACCUUCACCGUGCAACGUGGAGGCCAU